GCUAUUUAACAAGCACUGAUACAUACAUGAGACACCCGGAAAACAAAAUCUCUUCACUUCUGGGGAAUUUUAGCUGCGAGAAGUUUCAAAACUUGGCGCUAAUCCUAAAGUUUUCACCAUCCAGACGAUCACCGAUGCUUGGAAUUUUUCACCUAAAUGGAUCCAGCAAGGAUCACCUACCUGUCUAUCUGUAUGUGUGUGUGUGUGUGUGUUAGCUAAAAGGAUCAGCACAAGUGGCCAGUAAAACACGUGUUUGCAUUUCAAACGGAAAGAAACAUUCUGAGAAGGAUGAAACUUGCAGGAAAAUUACUAGUAAUUAAGGAGCGGUAGUUAAAUCUUUGGAAGAGAUCGCCGGGAGGUGGGGGGGGAAAGACUUAUUAAAUCGCCAAGUUAAAUUAGGCAAAGCUUCAAACCAGAGAAACGCGACUAGCUUUUGGUUGCACUUAAUACGACUGAAUACUUACAAAUUCAUCGCUGUCGACAGCAGAGUGUCCAUCGGGAGCAGCUGAACACUGAAAUCCUUGAAACCUUUGCAAGUUUGGGGAUUGUCAAUGCAGGCGAUCGAUUGGGAAGAUUUGGCUAAAAAUGAAACUACGAGAUGACAUUCCAAGAUAAGUUCUCAGACUGAGAUCAUUCGAAUGGGAUCAAGCAUGCUCCUUCUGUCUUCCUGGAGAUGGUACUGCUGGAAAUCUUGGCUACUGGCUGGGCUGGUACUGGGAUUUGGAACUCUCUGCUGUGCUCAGGCUGCGAAUCAGAAGCCAAGACGACCUCAGUGGGUGAACAGAGUGCGUCAACGACGUCAGAUUUGGUCCAAUGAGUGGUCACCAUGGGGGAGCUGGAGUGCUUGUUCUAGCACGUGUGGUGGAGGAGCAUCAUUCCGGAGCAGGCACUGUUUGAGGUUCUCUAAUACAGAGGGUUGUCCAGGGGACCAGAGGCAAUACAGAGCAUGUAACCUUCUGGACUGCCCUCCAGGAUCCAUUGAUUUCCGAAAGAUGCAAUGUUCUCUCUAUAACAACAAACCAAUCCAGGGCAAUUUGAUGAAUCAUCAGUGGCUGCCAUUCUAUGGGGCUCCCAAUCAAUGUGACCUUAACUGCCUAGCCAAAGGGAAGAAUUUCUACUACAUGUUUGGUCGUGUUCUGGAUGGGACAAGGUGUAGCCCUGACUCAACUGAUAUGUGUAUUAAUGGGCAAUGUCUGAAAGUAGGUUGUGACAGGAUCCUCGGCUCAAAGGCCAGAACGGAUGUCUGCGGUGUUUGCGGAGGACGAAAUGACUCGUGCAUCCUGGUCCGGAGAGUGUACCGAUCGGCGUUCCCCUCUUCUGGUUACUUUGGUUACAACAAUGUAACUAUAAUCCCAGCAGGAGCCACUAACAUCAAAGUUACAGACAACAGCAGGAACUACCUGGCCUUAAUAAAUGGCAAAAAUCACUAUGUGAUUAAUGGGAAUUGGGUUAUAGACUGGCCUGGAGAAUAUGAUGUCGCUGGUACCAAAGUGCUCUACAAGCGUUCUGCUAGCAACCAUGAGACAAUUGAGGCCACAGGACCGACAGCAGAGGACCUCCAUGUGAUGGUUCUUCUACAAGGAGAAAACUCGGGUAUUGAAUAUGAGUUCUGGCUUCCCAAUGAACACUAUAAUAGCCAUUACCAGGGGGGCCAUAGCCCACUGAGACAGCCUGAGAUUGCUGUUAUAGAGGCUGACCAUCCUCUCAGUUAUCUGCCCUGGACAAAGACCACAACAGCCUCCACCACCACCAGCACCACCAGCGCUACCAGAAAGCCAGCCGUCUACCCAGACUGGAUUCACCCUGCUCAGCGACCACCGGCGCAUCCCCGUCAAGAUAAUCAUUUUCAAAAUAUAUUACCAAGGGAUCCCAUCCAGUCCACCAGCCAGCAGUCCAGUUCCUGUAGAAAGUGUAAGAAGUCAAAAGGAAAAUCUCAAAGGAUUAAACAGUACUGCCAGAAAGACUUUGUUUUUCGUGGGAGAAUCCUCAGAAAGACAAUUGUGGGGUCGGAAACCCGUUACGAUGUACAAGUCAGGCAAACGUACAAGAACAAAUACCCCAUAGUCCACAGGGAAUACAUCUGGGUGCCAAACACGUGUGACUGUCCGUAUCUUCUGGAGAAGCGAGAGUACAUUAUGAUGGCAAGACGACAUGUGAACUUUGAGCAGACGCUGAACCGAAUCCUACUGGAGCACAACAGUUUUGUCCGGCUCUGGCAGCCAAAGGAAGACUUGAUGCUGCGAGACAUGGAUAAAUAUUGCCAUCAGUACUCAUAAAGGGAAGUCUAUCAUAAUGCUAGCAUUUUACAGCCCUGUCCCAUAUUGGAUAGUAUUUGGGAAGCACUCAUGACAUUGCAUAGGAAAACUAUCUCAAUCCAUCGGUUACGUGCAAAAUUCCUAUUAAGCAACUUCUCACAGCCUAUAUUAAGUACUUCUUUCUAAGCCUCCCAAGAGUAGUCAUUGGAAGAUGAUGUUUGAUGAUGACUCUGUAGAUCAAGGCAAAAAUGAGUGGCACUGAAUUAUUGGAAAUGAGUUAAUAUGGUUGCUUUGUCCAUGUUCCAUUGUAAUGAAGCUUUUACUGCUUCAUAUUGGAAAGAGCUAUUGCGAGCUUUCCAAAGUUUAUAUGUGGUCGGUCUUGACCAACAGUGUCUGGUUUUGUUGGAAGGAAUGUUCUCUAUGAUGAACUAUUCAAUAUGCAAGGUACCAGUAUUUCCAAUAUUGUUGAUAAUGGCGGAAGCUAUAUAUUUAAACAAGCCAACCCAAUAUUACACUAUUGUGACUGGAGAACAAUGACAAUAUUUCUGCUGCACCUCUAAGAGUAAUGCACUUAAUUGUUCCAGAAGAGUUUCUCCCAGUACAUUUGGGAUUUCCUUUUACUGAAAGAUGGUCCCAGGUUUGGACUGUUUUACAUUGCAUGGAUCCCAUAUUUUUAAAGGACCGGCAGUCUGUAUUUUACCUGGCAUGUUCUGAAUUUUGGGUGAUGUAUUGUACUGAUGCCAAUUCUUUUAUAUCAGCUAUUUAAUUAUGUAUAUUAAGUAUCUCGCUAGUAUACUGACACUAAUCACUUUGCAUGGUACAUGAUGUAUCUAAGUAUCAAAGACAUUUUUAAAUUUUAUUGUACACACUCAGUCAUUAAAAUUGACACACGUUAAUUAUCUUGAA